UUUCCAUGAGACAGUGCAGAUUUGUUCCCUGCAACUAUCGAGCUUCUACUACUGGAAAAAUGAAUUAUAAUAAGUUUAAUUCAAUGGUGUUAUUUUGGCAUGUGAUUAUGUGCUGCCUCUUUCUUUCAGCAGCAGAAAAUUCGACUGCAAGUGCACAGACUCCAACUGUCGUACUGACCUCUACAUCUACUCCUACACCAACUACUCUGGCAGCGACAUCUGAAUCAACAGCAAAUGUAAUAACACAACUCACGACAACAGUUGGAACAACUGAAACCUUGACUGCGGGUGAACUGAGCACAACUGCAACACCAACCUCGACAGCAGGUACUACCUCAGAAACUACACCAGCAGCAACGACUGCAAGAAGCUCUACUCCGGCAUCGACCAGCAUCUCAACAACACCACUCACUACAACAAUUGAAACGACGACUGCAAGUACCAGCACUGCAAUAUCAGCCUCUUCAUCAACUCUUACAUCAACAACAACAUCAGGAGCAACAACCGCAGUAAGCUCUACUCCAGCAUCGACCAGCAUCUCAACAUCACCACUCACUACCACAAGUGCAACAUCAGAAACUUCGACUGCAAUUGCACAGACCACCACUGCAGCAGUGAGCUCUGCAUCAACUCCAACAUCAACAAGUCCCACAGCACAACGAACGGCAAGCAGCUCCACUCGAGCAUCAACAGCUGAAUCAACGACAAUCGCAACACAAGCUACAAGUGCAGAAACUACAACUGCAAGUGUGCAGAACACCUCUGCCGCAUCGACCUCUGCAUCAACUCUCACGUCAACAAGUGUAGCAGAAUUAACAACUACAAGCAGCUCCACCUCAGCAUCGACGGCCGAAUCAACAACAAUCGCAACAACACAAGCAACAAGUGAAACCCCGACUGCAAGUACCAGCACUGCAACACCAGACUCUGCAUCAACUACUGCAUCAACAACUCUAUCAGGAGCAGCAACCGCAGGAAGCUCACCUCCUGCAUCGACCAGCAUUUCAACAUCACCACUCACUACCACAAGUGCACCAUCAGAAACUUCGACUGCAAGUGCACAGACCACCACUGCAGCAGUGAGUUCUGCAUCAACUCCAACAUCAACAAGUCCAACAGCACAAACAACGGCAAGCAGCUCCACUCCAGCAUCGACAGCUGAAUCAACGACAAUCGCAAUAACACAAGCUACUGCAACAAGUGCAGAAACCACAACUGCAAGUGUGCAGAGCACCACUGCCGCAUCGAGCACUGCAUCAACUCUCAGGUCAACAAGUGCAGCAGAAUCAACAACUACAAGCAGCUCCACUCCAACAUCGACGGCUGAAUCAACAACAAUCGCAACAACACAAGGCAUGACAACAAAUGCUGAUUAUCAUAAUACAUGUUUAUGUUGCAACCUGAUACCUUGAAAUGUAAAGCAGGAUUAUGACUAUCUA